AUCACUCAAAGGUUUGGCGCCUCGCACGACAAGCAAGGGGCAAAAGGGCAAACAAAAUAUCUCGACUGCAGUUUUCAACUUAGCAACGUCGGCGAGAUCUGGAAAUUUGGGGAUUUUGGUAGAUUCUCAAGUGCUGUAUUUAAAAACCCUGAUCUGGAGUCUAUUAGAGAAUCUGUAAUCUGUGUAUUCAUAACUUUUGAUUAAAAUGGAGAUUGAUUCAGCAUCGAUUAGUCGGUGCUCUGCAGAACACCAGAAGAUCUACAAAGACUGGUUCAGUGUCGCCGAUUCAGAUGGCGAUGGACGCCUCACUGGUGGUGAUGCCACGAAUUUCUUUGUCAUGUCCAAUUUAUCUCGACCAGAUCUCAAGCAGGUAUGGGCAAUUGCAGAUUCUAGACGACAAGGCUUUCUUGGUUUCAAAGAGUUUAUUACUGCAAUGCAGUUGAUUUCUAUGGCACAAGCAGGACACACAUUAAGUGGCGACCUCUUAAAUUCUGAUGUUGAUUAUGAAAAUUUGAAACCACCUGUGAUGGAUGGUCUGGAUGUCUUACUAGCUAAGAAAAAGCGUCCAAAAAGUGAUCCUGAAACGAAUGGUAAUCCUGAGGUGCAGACGUCUUCAUCAUCUAGUUGGUUUACUUCUUCAAAAUCUGCAAAGAAAGUUCCUUUAACUGCUGUUACAUCAAUCAUCGAUGGCUUGAAGAAGCUGUACAUUCAGAAGCUGAAACCUUUAGAAGUCACAUAUCAAUUUAAUGAUUUUGUUUCUCCUUUAUUGACAAACAGUGAUUUUGAUGCCAAACCAAUGGUGAUGCUUUUAGGUCAAUACUCAACAGGGAAAACAACCUUCAUCAAGCAUUUGCUUAGAAGUAGCUAUCCAGGAGCUCAUAUUGGACCUGAGCCUACUACAGAUAGAUUUGUUGUUGUUAUGAAUGGACCAGAUGAAAGAAGUAUUCCAGGAAACACUGUUGCUGUUCAAGCAGACAUGCCAUACAGUGGUUUAACCAAUUUUGGAACUGCUUUUUUGUCAAAAUUCGAGUGUUCUCAAAUGCCACAUCCCCUUCUGGAGCAUAUUACAUUUGUGGACACUCCUGGAGUUUUAUCAGGUGAAAAGCAACGCACACAGAGAAGCUAUGACUUUACAGGUGUCACGUCGUGGUUCGCUUCAAAGUGUGAUCUAAUCUUGCUUCUGUUUGAUCCUCAUAAACUUGAUAUCAGUGAUGAAUUCAAACGUGUCAUUUCAUCUCUUAGAGGAAAUGAUGAUAAGAUACGUGUAGUUUUGAAUAAAGCCGAUCAAGUCGAUACCCAACAACUUAUGAGGGUGUAUGGAGCUCUUAUGUGGUCCCUUGGUAAAGUUCUUAAUACUCCAGAGGUUAUGCGUGUAUACAUUGGUUCCUUCAAUGACAAACCUAUAAAUCGAGUGACUGCUGGCCCGAUUGGAACAGAACUAUUUGAGAAAGAGCAAGAUGAUCUUUUAGCCGACUUAAAAGACAUUCCUAAGAAGGCUUGUGAUCGUAGGAUCAAUGAGUUUGUGAAACGUGCUCGAGCUGCAAAGAUUCAUGCGUUCAUUAUUAGCCAUCUUAAAAAAGAAAUGCCUGCCAUGAUGGGGAAGGCUAAAACUCAACAAAAACUCAUCGAUAACCUUGAAGACGUUUUUGCAAAGGUACAAAGGGAGCAUCAUUUACCGGCGGGAGAUUUCCCAUAUGUAGAAAGUUUCAGGGAGAGAUUGAGUGGGUACAAUUUGGACAAAUUUGAGAAAUUGAAGCCUAAAAUGAUCCAGACUGUUGAUGAUAUGUUGGGAUAUGAUAUUCCCGACCUUUUGAAGAAUUUUAGGAAUCCCUAUGAUUAAGAUUUGUGAAUGUUUUAUAAAUUAUGUAACGUAGUGUGUGAUUUCUACUUGUUUAUGUAUUAAUGGAUAGAAUUGAGUUUUGUUUUGUGAUUAA